GCUGUCAAGACCCACAAAGAAGAGACACCUCACCUGCAAGAACCAUGAGAUCUACUGCUUUCAUCCUGCUGGCCUGCCUGCUGCUUGUAGAUGUUAGAGGCAUGGCGAUAUCUUCCAGGGGUCGGUGCCUUUGCAUGGAUGCUGGUGUGAACUUCAUUAAACCCAAACUGAUUGAGAAGGUAGAGGCCAUGUAUCCCAGCCCAUCCUGCCAGAACCUGGAGAUCAUUGUUACCUUGAAAGGAAAUGGAAAACCGUUGUGCUUGAAUCCAGCCUCACGGUUUGCCAAGAACUUCAUCAAGGAUGCACAAGAGUAAAAGAGGACCCAGAAGUGAAGUUUUGGACUUCCAUUCAUAGCAACCAUGAGCAAGUUCUGCUGUGAGAAGACGUACCUCUUUGUAACCAUUAUGUUACCAAGCAGUGAUAACAUUUACAAUGAAUGCACUGAAAUGUCAAUAUUGGAAAAUUGAAAUAUAUUCAAUAUUGUGUAUGUUUCUAAAAUGUAAAGAAAGAUGAAGCUAACCUUAUAUGCCGUUUGUAUAUCAGUUUGUAUAUCUAUGUUUUUUAUGUUAAGAUGUUUUUUAUACAAAUGUGAAUAAUUGUCUUGUCAGCAGAUGAUAUAUUUUUGUUUGCCUUUAAUUUUAUUGUGUUUUUGAAUAUUGACUCUUUCAAAUGACUUACUGUGUUAUUUAAGAUUUCAUGUGAAUAAAACAUUAAAUGUACCUAAUUUACAUUCAUAAUGUGAGUUUGACUUGCUGGAUGUGGAGGGAGGAGAGCUAGGCAAUCAUUUCAUUUUCAGGUUUUUCAGACACAUGGAAACAUACAGUACCUAGUACACAUACAACUAAAACUUUACUGAGGCAAUUAAAACAUUAACCAAACCAAAAUGUGGAUAUCUCACUUCAUUAAGUUUAAGCCAAUUUAAUCAAAAAAAUAUUAUAUUUCUGUCGGCCCAAUGAUUGUUAAUAUGGAAUAUCGAACAUUCUUUUAAAAUGUUGUCAAUUAUUUAUAUACAUGCGAUGUGACUGUAAACAUGGGCUUAAAAAAUGAAAAGUGAGUCAAAUGAAAAGGAAAUAAAAACAGCAACAAAACAC